UCUUUAGUUGAAAUAGCAUCUUAGUGAGACACAAAUUUUGUGAGUAUCAGCUCCGUCCAAACAGAGAGUAGCAUGGGCCUGAAGUGAUGCAUCUACUAAGAAAGUGAAACUACUGAUGCGUAAGUGCUUAAUUGAAAUCUUUGUAAUACUUUUGAAUGUGUUUGUCCAAUAUGGCCGAAGGAUUUCCAGAACAUGUUACAUCGGCUGUUAUGAAAUAAAUGUCAUAUAAGGAAAACGAGUUUAUUUGAAGCCAGUUCAAUAUUCUAUGUUGUGAUAUCAGAACAGUAAUGGUUAACAGAAGAAAUAGAUUCUGUCUUAUUGUAUCAAUCAACGAUUAUAGGUCAAGGUCAAUCCAAUGAAAGAACAAUAAAGUUCAAACUCUUUGAACUUUAACACAUUCAAUCACAGGUUUAGGCAAAGAAGUUAUGUCGGGGCAAAGUUCAACUAAUAUUGAUACUGUUCUAAAUAGUGAUCAAAUACCUCUGUCACUCUAUUCUAUGCAAAAUUAUAUGCGACCCAAAUUGGAUCAUAAUGCAAUUGAUGGAUUAUCUUUAGAUACAACGCCUGAUGCCACUGAAUCACACCAUGACCUCGGAUUUACAUUUGUAGAUAACAGUGCGGCGUUCCCCACAACAAAUCGAAGCACAGAAGAUAACAAGAAUGCCUUACAUAUAAGCUGUGAGGUAUUAUCAGAAAUGAGUGGUUGUAUUGAAUGUGUCAAGGCAAUUCCCGUUAUUUCUGCAUGCGAAAUUCAAGAAGGAGACCAUAUCGUUUUUGCUGGUACAGUGUACGAUCACCAUGCAAUUGUAGAGUCUAAACUUCCUGACAAACGGUUUGAAAUAAUAGAAGCAACAAAUACAAUUUUUGGAGUAGCAACAGGUGUUUUCCUUGGCAAAAAAGCUCGCAUUAGAAAAUCAACCAGAUUGUUUAACUUUGCAACACAAAAUCUCCGUGUUGUAUCUUACAGAGUAAGGCCUUUCACGCGGAAAGAAACUGCACAACGAGCAAGGCAUGUUGUUGAAGGUGAUGGGACGAAUGGAAAGUACGAUUAUGACCUUUUAGAAAAUAAUUGCGAACAUUUUGCAACAUAUUGCGUUACAGGAAGAAAAUUCAGUAUCCAAGUAACAAAAUUCAGAUUAACCAGUAGUUUGUUUUGGAAAAGUGGAUUUAUUGGGAUAAGUGAUGAAUCGAUCAGGAAUGAAAAGCAAUAUGAAAACGGAAUAAUAUGUAAACAGUGUUUUGAAAUCAACAGACAAUUAUUCAAAGUAAAUGUUAGGCCAAUAGAAAAGGCAGAAGAUGUCCAAAAGGGACACAUCAUAUGGUACAGUUACUGGAACUUGUGGCAUGAUGCUGUCAUCUUAGAUUUAAAAUAUGUCGACAAUUCUUAUGUUACCUGCUACAUUGCACAUUAUGCGUUUUGUGGCAUUUUUAUGCAUAGGACAAUUAUACGAGACGAAUUAAUAGUCUAUUUUGUUGGCAGCUUCAAGAUAUUGGAAUAUGAUCCACCAGACUAUAAUGUUUACGACGUCGAGACUGUCAUUGAAAGGGCAUCGGGACGACUAGGUGAACAACAAUUUAUAUUCUUUUCUAAUGAUUCAAGUCAUUUCUCGCGUUGGUGUAAACUAAAACGGGAAAAAGCAACAUCA